AUGCAGAUUUUACAACCCAUCGCCCUGCUCGCAGCAGCAUCGACGGCAGCCGCCGCCUCGUGCCCAUGCUCAGCGACAACACCGCCAUUCACACCAGGGGAGUUGAGCGCGGAUCAGUUCACCCCCACCACCAACAGGCGUUACCGCGUCCACCUGCCAAAGUCCUACACGCAGUCCAAAAAGACACCGGUAAUCUUGUCGUACCACGGCGCCGGCGGCACCAUCGAGAAGCAGGUCAAGCUGGACGGCUUCACGGAUGCUUUCCGCAACGACGAAUACAUAGUCGUUUACCUGCAGGCCCUGACCCCGAACGGCAGCGACAGGGCGCAGUGGCAGGUGGCGCCUGAGGCCAGGGACAUUGACGACCUGGGCUUCACCAAGGACGUGCUGCAGAUACUCGGGGGCAAGCUGUGUCUGGACGAGAAGCGCGUCUACGCCGCCGGCAAGUCGCAGGGCGGCGGGUUCGUCGGGCAGAAGCUGGCGUGCGAUAAGGUGCUCAGCAAGCGGUUUGCCGCGUUUGCUCCCGUCAGCGGCGCCUACUACAUCCUGGACCAGACCAGGAACACGUGCGAGCCGACGGCCGACGUCGCCAUCCCCUGCGACACGGAGCGCACCGACACCCCCAUGCUGGCUUUCCACGGCGGUGACGACCCGACCAUCCCCUACGGCGGCGAGUUUCGGACGGGGACAAAGAGCUGCCUGCCGGACAUCAGGCACUGGGUGAGGCAGUGGGCCUUCAGGGACGGGCUCAAGGGCACGCAGGUCAACUCGACCAUCAAGGGGAGUCAGAACGGGGUCAAGAGCGCCUGGAAGGAUGAGAGGGUCACGCUUUUCUAUGAUGGCGAUAACAUCCCGCACGACUGGCCCAGUCUGGUCGAGAAUUCCGACAAUGCCGGAGGACCAACGGCGGCUUUCAACGCAACAGAUAUUAUUCUUGAGUGGUUUGGAAAGUGGGCUCUGCCUUGA